AAUUCAGCCGACUUCUUAGCAUCAAGUCGAAUUCUGAGGUUGUCGAGUGAACGUCGCUUACGGCCUCCACCACCACAACCGCAGCAACCACAACCGCAUCCGCAGCAAGGCCUGCAACAUGUGCAGCAUCGAGUACAACAACAAGUGCGGCAACAGGUACAUCUACAGCAGCACCUGAAAAGCUCUCUUGCAGACCGUCUCCCAGUACGAAUCGUUAAGGCGAACGCCCAUUUCUCCCUCGGCCCCAGGAGCGGUCCUUGCUAUGAUUGUCGUAGACUUUUUUUUUUAUAA